AUGGCGCAAACUGAUGAGCCCUUUUUCCGCCUCCUCCAAAAACUCUUCUUUCUUCUGCAGGGAUUGGCGCCAUUUGCUCUGCAACUCUCUCCUCCUCCCGCUUCUAAAUUUCAUCCCUCCCUUUCUUCAUCUCCUUUAAACUGUUUUUCUCUCUUUAUUUUCUCUACCCUCUCCACCAUCACCGACAAUUUCCCUCUCCCUAUAUAUUGCUUAUGUUUUUCAAUAAACAAAAGUACCAAUUCUUUCUCCUAUUUUACCAAUUCUUCUUCCUACCUUCUCUCUUUCUCUGUCUCUGUCUCUCUCCCUCCCUCUCACCCACCGUCUCUCCUUCCCUCCGUCUCUCCCUCCCUCUCUUGCUCAGUUUUUUCAUUCAUUAAUCUAUCUAUCUAUCUAUCUAUCUAUCUAUCUAUCUAUGUAAGCCUCCGGAUCAUACUCCUACCUUCUAAAUGUUUUCAUCUUUAUUUCGCGGUUGACAAAAUAUCCAGAGACAUUAAAAAAAAGUUAUAUCUAUCUAUCUAUCUAUCUAUCUAUCUAUCUAUCUAUCUAUCUUAUCUCAGUCUUUUGACAUUUGAUCGCGGUUCAAGUCCUUUACAUAUCUAUCUAUCUAUCUAUCUAUCUAUCUAUCUAUCUAUCUAUCUAAGUCCUUUUCAUCUCUCUCUUGAUUGUGAAGUGAGCGAAUUGGAGCCUCAUUUUUCUCUUUUUUUCAAUCUCUCUGUUUCUUUUACCCUUUCUUUCUCUCCCUUUUUUCUCCCUCUCACCUGCAAUGAUAACCACUCCCUCCUUUAUUUCUUUCGAUUUCUCUCACAUCUUCUUGCCCAUUCCUCCCCUUCCAUACUUCCCACCCCCUUUUUAUCUCAUGUAACGCCCUCCGGUCUAGUGGGGGGAUUAUUCUCGUCCAAUGAAAUGCCUUAA